UCUGCAAAUCUAUCAGUCAUGUCGCCAUGGUAUCGUUGACACAGCACCGUGAUAAAGGGAAGAUGGCUUGACUACAUCACCCGAAAUCAUGUCAAAAAAGAGCGUGAUGUAUUUUUGGGAUCCGGACGUAGGGAACUUUCACUACGGUCCAGGUCAUCCUAUGAAGCCUCAGCGACUCUCUGUCACUCACAGCUUAGUUCUACACUAUGGACUUUAUAAGAAAAUGAAGGUUUUUCGACCUUAUCGAGCAAGCUCGCAUGACAUGUGUAGAUUCCAUUCUGAAGAAUAUAUAGACUUUUUAGAGAGAGUCACUCCUCAAAACAUUCAAAUGUUCACGAAAAGUCUCAGCCACUUCAACGUUGGAGAUGAUUGCCCAGUAUUCGACGGGUUGUACGAUUUCUGCUCAAUGUACACGGGUGCCUCGCUGGAAGGAGCUGUCAAGUUGAACAACGAGUGCUGCGACAUCGCUAUCAACUGGUCCGGGGGCCUGCACCACGCAAAGAAGUUUGAGGCGUCCGGGUUCUGUUACGUAAACGACAUCGUCAUCAGCAUAUUAGAACUGCUCAAGUACCACCCGCGAGUGCUGUACAUCGAUAUAGAUAUUCACCACGGAGAUGGGGUGCAGGAAGCAUUCUACCUCACCGACCGCGUAAUGACCGUGUCGUUCCACAAGUACGGGAACUAUUUUUUCCCCGGGACGGGCGACAUGUACGAGCUGGGCGCGGAGAGCGGACGGUACUAUUCCGUCAACGUACCGUUGAAGGAAGGAAUCGACGAUAAUAGUUAUUUCCAGGUUUUCAAGCCGGUCAUCCAAAGCGUCGUAGAGUUCUUCCAGCCAAACUGCGUGGUCUUACAGUGCGGAGCAGACUCGUUAGCCGGUGAUCGCCUGGGCUGCUUCAACCUCAGCAUCCGCGGCCACGGAGAGUGCGUCAAGUUCGUUAAAGAACUGGGACUUCCCCUCCUGGUACUGGGCGGCGGCGGAUACACGGUGCGGAACGUGGCUCGUGCCUGGACCUACGAGACGUCUCUCUUGGUCGACGAGCACAUCAGCAGUGAGAUCCCCUACAAUGAGUACUUCGAAUACUUUGCCCCGGACUUCACCCUUCACCCCGAAGUGGUGACGCGUCAGGAGAACGCAAACAGCAAACAGUACCUCGAGGCGAUAGUGCGUGCGGUGACGGAGAACUUAAAAUGCCUGGUCCAGGCGCCAAGCGUCCAGAUGCAGGACGUUCCGCAGGACUUCAUUGAGUGCAGCCGCAAGGAUCAACCGGACAAAGUGCAGUCUUCCGCGGCGGAAGACGGCGACGAGCCGUAGACGGCGGUCGGACGUGGCCUGGUGCAUUGGUGGAAAUUGUGGUCCGAUAGAAAAAGGUGCUCGCGUUUAUUUUUAACGAUAGGGAGGUUACACUUCGGGCGGGGGAAGGUACGGAGAACGUAGGGUAUGCCGCUUCAGAGACUUUCAGCUUUUACAUACCCUGCAGCGGAGUUGCUGCGGUUGUGUUCAGCCUAUUUUGUGAUAAGCAACAAUCACACGACCGUAUAGCCCGUAGGAAGAUAAGCCAGGACAGCAUAUUUUAGGAUGAACGCGAAAUACUAUCACCUCCAUAGCGUCUAAAUACGUUACUACGAUAUUGUUUAUACUCUGUUUAACGAGCAAAGUCCAAAAAUGAGAUUACGUAUAACGCCACUGCCUCCUUUCACAAGCCAAAACCUCAAGAUUGGAAACAAAGUUGAUUUCACUCAACUUCAAUUUUAAUAAAGGAUUACAAACCA